UCUUUUCUUGCGAGCUUAUUGUUUUGAAGAUACCGUACUUUAACUUUAUGUCAUAUUCGCGCGGAACUUUGUAAAUUUUGUUUUGUGGACGUGCCGCAAUCUCUGUAUUCAGCAGCAGAUAGGACAAGAAUGGCUGUGAAACGAGAGGACUAUCUUGAUUGGGCUGAUUAUUUCAUGGCCGUGGCUUUCUUAUCAGCACAGAGAAGCAAAGAUCCACGUACACAGGUUGGAGCGUGUAUUGUCAAUGAUGAAAAUAAAAUUGUUGGCAUUGGAUAUAACGGGAUGCCCAGAGGAUGCAGUGAUGAAUCAUUACCAUGGCAACGCAAGAAUGAUGAUUGGCUGGAGACCAAAAUUCCAUAUGUAUGCCAUGCUGAAAUGAAUGCAGUGAUGAACAAGAACUGUGCAUCAGUGAAAGGUUGCACCAUCUAUGUAGCUCUCUUCCCCUGCAAUGAGUGUACCAAGGUUAUAAUGCAAUCAGGAAUCAAAGAGGUCGUCUACAUGUCAGAUACCAAACAUGACAAACCUUCUAUGAUUGCAUCAAGAAGGUUGCUGGAUGCAGCAGGGAUACAAUACAGGCAACAUGUACCUAAGCAGAGCAGAGUAACCAUAGACUUUGGUGCUUUAGAAGACGAGAAAGACUCGACGAAUGACAGAUAGCAAGGCCCCAUGUGGGCGUACCAAGAUGAUAGAGGAGAAAAAUAAUGUUGAUGGAUCAAUUGAGAGAGAGAAAGAGAGAGAGAACUAACAAGUAAUUGUAUCAGUAUUUGGAUUUUGCUAUGAAAUAUCUACUUAUUACUUGAAAUGGAAUAGUGCCAAAUACUUAUCACCUUCUCAUGCACAGAGGAAGAGAAAAAGAACUUCAUGAGUGAAUAUGGAUUGCUUCGAAGUCCAUGGGUUCCAGUGCUUGCAUGAUACUUGUGUCGGUGAUUUAAGAAUUUAAUAAUUGGUAAUCUUUAUCUUGUAUCAUGUAUGUUGGAUCUAACUCAAUUCCAACUUUUAGUAAGAUAUGGAUGAAUUUUUAAAAUUUAAUGAAUUAGGGUCAGUGACUACUUAUCAAGUGGAAUUUUAAUGACAGUACAAUAUUUAAACAUCACAUGGGGAUAAUAGUUUGCAUUUUUGCUGUUUUUAAAGAUACUUUUUCCUUUUUAUAAUCAACUGUAUCAGUUGUAGUACUUGUAUUUUUUACAUUAGUAGUACUAUGAUAUGUUCAGUAAACUGUACAUUUGAAUAGCUGCCAGCAGUACUAGUUUUUAAGAUUCAUGAAUCAUGCAAAAGUGAACAUUCCACUUUCCUACUUGUGUAUUGGUCAGUCAGUGAUAAAAAAUUCACUGAAAUUGUUAUUGAUUCUUGAAUAUAAAUCAUUUGAAAUUUUUCUACUCAAAUAUGUUUUCCUUUUAUAUUUGUUUGAUAUUUUCUUUAAGCACAAUAUGUUAUUAGAACUAUUGGCCUCAGUUAAGUCCUGAAUCUUUGAACGACAUUAUAGCUUCCCCUGUUCAACUACCAAACAAUGUCAAGUUUAAGGGACAUUUGUUGGGACUCUGGUUUGAUCUGAAGUUAAGUCUGUCUAAUUUGACCUUCUAUAAGUCAAAAAAUCAGCCAAGUGGGAGAAAAAAAAUUUCAGCUUAGAACUUCCAGGUCUAUUUUCUCCUGGGCAGAUUCAACAUGUAUAUAGUUAGUCUUACACUGAUGAGGUUAUUUAAAGUAGUCAAGUCAUUUGAUUAAUCUUUCAAAAUUGAUCAAUUUUCCAUGCUCUUAAUAGGCUGCAAUAUUUGCAAUACUUUUUUAAUUUUUAACAUCUAUGUGUAUUUUUUGGUACAUCCCCUGACCUGCCUUGUGAAAUUGUUUCUGCAAUCAUUGUAGACCAAAAGAUGAUCUUAGCAUACAUGGAAUUAAGGGGUUGUGAGCUAGAGGGGGGGGGGGGAGGCUUUGGGGUAAAAAAAAAGUUGGCAGGACAGUAUGCCUAUAAACAUCUUUGUACUUUAUGGUCAAACGAUCUAAAUUUCUAUUCAGAUAGAGAUGUCCUACUAUUCAAUUGUUAAAGAUGGUAGACUAAAGUGCUUCAUGAACUCCACAAUUUUUGUUAUGCUCCUUGAGGAUUGUUUUGAUUAGUAUAUAUUUAACCUGUUAUCUAAAUUCUCAAGUGUCCAUAUUGGUAGGUGUUAGGUCUAACAAUAUCAUUUCAAGUGUCCUUUAUCUGCACAUUAUGUGAAUUGUAUUAAAUUGAUGGCCCCCUCAAUGCUUUGCUCGAUAUUUCCGGAGUGUGAAAAGAUAGUGCUGCAAAAUGUUAUGACUCUUUGAAUUCUCGCGCAACUUUUGAGACCAAAUUAGUGACAUACGGAUAUAGCAUCGCGACACCACAUGACUUUUUAUGAGACAAUCUUAUACUUCGUGUACAAAGUCUAUGGGAGAUGAAAUUCAUAAGAGGGUGAUUGUUUUUUAUUCUAAUUGGUCUGCUUAAUUAAUUUAGGGUUUAAUUUAGUUGUUAAAUGGUUUGUAAUAAUUUCCAUUGAAAAGAAAAUACGUAAAAAGAAAAAAGAAAAUCUAAAUACAAAGAAAUACAUAACAAAAAAUUUGACUUUUGCAAUUUUUCUUUGUAGAAUCCUUUAAACAAGAAUGCAAAUAUGACAUCUGGGAAAAAAUGAAAAUUUGAAGUGAAAUUGGGUGUUAAAUAUGCAAAUAAAGUUUUUAAUGAAUAAAUUUGCAUAUUUUAUUCAUGAUAAUUAAAUAAUUAUGUUCAGAUUUUUAUUUUUGCACUGGCUUGUAGUUUAUGUGGUAAAGAAUGUGCAUGCCAAAUUUCGGCAUAUUGCACAAACGGCGACCAGGAUCAGAAGGGGGGGGGGGACCAUCAUCUCCCCCUGCCCCAGUCCUCAAUACAUCUCAAAUAACUCAGUCUUUUUAAGGAAAACCAAUUAAAUGUUUAGAUAGAUAGAUAAAGGGUUUAUUUAUAAAAAUCAAGACAUCAUCCGGCUAAGGCUGAAUUGCGAUGUUUUUACAAGGUAAUAAUGACACACAAAAAAUGUUCAAACAAUAACACAGAUAAUUACAAAAUAAAUAAUACAGAUAAAGUAUGGUAUUGAAACUAUUGUGUUGUGGAAUUCUUGAAAGAAAUAUUAACUGAAAGUGAAUUGUGUGUCUGAAUUAUGUGCUGAUAAUAAUGACAUUUAGUCUACAAUAAAAAUUUACAUACUAAUGGUGCAAUGCAAUAAAAUUAAUUUUGAAUUGAGUUCAAAUAUAGCAAACUUGCAAUUUAAAGUAUUGGCUAGAGCAAAUAGAUCUUCACUUUCUGUGGCAAUGAGCAAACCAGUAAUCAAUUGCAAGUUUAAUUGUAAAACUGAUCCAAAAAAUUGACUAGCAAUGCAAAUUUCAUGAAAUACCCACCUAAUAUGGACUUCUUUUUCAUUGCAUUGCCCACUCAUGAUAGUAUGAUAAGUUUGUUCUAUGUUUAUGUUUUGAAUUCUUAAUUCUAAAUAUUUUCAUUGAUUUUUUUGUUUAAUUUUAAUUUGUUUAUGUACUGUUCAUACUUUCAGAAAUGUAAAUGAUUAUGUAGUUUCAAUCAUUGGUAGGCUGUCAAAAAAACUGUAUAUAAUAAAUUAAUAAUUUUGAGGACCACUCAGGAAAAGCUAUAUUUUAGAAUUAUGGCAUAAGUGACAACUUUUUUUGCCUAGGAUUAGAAAGAAUUCUCUACACAAAUUCACAUUCAAUAGUAAAGUAUUCAAACAAAAAGUCAGAAGACAAACAGCAUGGCCCAUAUUCUGAAGUCAGGUGUAACUAAGACCAUGGUGUAACUCUGUGCUAAAAUUGUUAUUAAGUUGUAUGUUUCUUGUGUUUAUUGUGCUCUUUCCUGAUUCAUUGAUGGUGAAGACAAUCAUCUAUUUAUACUUCCUAGACAAUUAUGAAUGAUUUGAAAGCCAAAUGAGCUGAAAUAUGAUAUCUAUACUGUUAGUGAUUUAUGUAACACUUGGCUUUCCAUACUUAAAUCACAACUUUAAACCUGAGUUUAAGUUAAACCUGACUUCAGAAUACGGGCCCAUGAGUUUACAAGUUAUAAAUAUUAAAAAACAUAAACAAUGAAUACAUGAAACUAUGAUCCAUACAUGUAGUUGGAACAUCUUUGACAGAAAUAAUUUUAACAUGUAUUUUAUCGCAGUCAUUGGUCUCUAGUAUUCAAUGCAUAUUUGAGAUUUAAUCAUCUAAUUUCAUAUCAUUUUAAUGUUUGUACAAUUUUUAAAGAUACAUAAGAAAAACCCAAACAUACAUGUAGCAUUAAAUAAUUGUAGUACAGUUAA